UGUGUCUAAGUAUACAGUAUGUGGCAGCUAUCUGUAUGCCGUGUGGAAAUUGGUUUGGUCCUGUGGUCCACCAUGCCACAUAGAAAAUCAUACAACACAAUCUUCAGUGAAGUCAAUCCCACAGCAAAUCACAAAACAUGCUAGAAGUAUCCCCAUAAAAGGGGCCACAGUGGUUCAAGCCAGCAAGAAUCAAGUCUGAUGUAAUAACACAUUCUACAUGACACUGAAAUUAAGAUGGAGUCAAAGAGAGUGAAGAUGUCAGUGAGGCUGAAUCAUGCAAGAUGAAUGAUGAAGAGGCUGAAGAACAAAGAGAACUGAUGGAAUUGAACAAGGAAUGUCAAGCACAGAAUGAAAAGGAGGAGAAUCAGGAAGCUCCCAAUUCCAUAACUGGAGAAAACUCUUUUAGUGGUUCACAAAUUGAAGAGGGGUUCUCUCAAGAAAGCACAGAAGCAAAAAAUGCUUUUGCAUGCCACCGUUGUGGAAAGACUUUUUCACAAAAAGGACACCUGAAGUAUCACAUAAGAAUUCAUACUGGUGAAAGACCUUACAAGUGCCCUCAGUGUGAGAAGUCUUUCACACAAAAAGGCCACCUUAGGGAUCAUUUAAUAACUCACACAGGUGAGAGGCCAUUCACAUGCCCUCAGUGUGGAAAGGGCUUCAUGAGUAAAGAAAACCUUAAUAUUCACAUUAAAAUUCACACCCAAGAGAGGCCUUUCACUUGCCUGGAGUGUGGAAAAACUUACACAUGUAAAGGACACCUUAAGGAACACUUAGGAGCUCACACUGGUGAAAAGCCUUUCACAUGCCCACAAUGUGAAAAGAGUUUCACACGGAAAGGAAACCUUAAUAUUCACAUGAAAACUCACACCAGAGAGAGGCCUUACACCUGCCCUCAGUGUGGGAAGAGUUACACAUCUAAAGGACACCUUAAAGAACACAUAGGAACUCACAGUGGUGAGAGGCCUUUUGCAUGUCCUCGAUGUGCAAAGUGUUUUACACGCAAAGGAAGUCUUAAUAUUCACAUAAAAGGCCACACUAGAGAGAGUCCUUACACAUGCUCUCAGUGUGGAAAGUGUUUCCCAACUAAAGCACAUCUUGAUAGUCACAUAAGAAUUCACACUGGAGAGAAGCCGUUCACAUGCCCUCAAUGUGGGAAGAGGUUUACUCAACGAGGACAUCUGAAGCAUCACAUAAGAAUUCACACAGGUGAGAGGCCUUUUUCAUGCCAUUUGUGUGGUAAAGGUUUCACGCAGGCACAAAGCCUCAAAUUUCAUCUGCAGUUUCACUCUGGAGAAAGGCCAUUUGGCUGUGAUAAGUGUGGUCAAAAAUUUGUUUUGGAGUCACUGCUGAAAAGACACCUGAGGACGCAUUUAAACGAGCAGCCUUAUUUGUGCUCUGUUUGUGGGAAGAGUUUUCUGUUCCUUGACUAUUUUAAACAGCACCAGAAAAUACAUAGCGGUGUGAAGUCUCAUGUGUGCUCUGAGUGUGGAAAUUCCUUCAUGAGAGCCAGAGACUUGGAGUGGCAUGAAAUAAUCCAUACUGGAGAAAAACCUUUCAAGUGCUCACAUUGUGGAAAGGGUUUCACUGAGUCUGGGAACCUGGUAAAACAUGAAAGAGUGCACACUGGAGAAAAGCUGUACCACUGCCUUUCAUGUGGGAAGAGUUUUAGACAAUCACGUAGUCUACUGGCUCAUGUAGAAAAGCACUGUCCACAAGUGGUUACAGUGUCCAACCUUCUGGCUUCAGUUCCAAGCAAUUUGUGUGAAAUUCAGAUCAACCCGAUGAUGGAAUCUGUCCAACAGAAGUAGGAAUAAGGCCUGUUCGCACCAAGACAGCUGUUCGGUGCAAUAAACAUUUCAGUUUGAAUGCACUUAAUGCAUCUGUUUAGACCAACAUGAACAUUAGCAUGCAGUCCAUGCAACAAUUUUCAAGGACAGGUGUUGUAGUCUGUUUUCCAUUGCACUGAAGAAAACCAGCCACCCAUUAAGAACUGCACUUUUGGUCACAUGCCCAG